AUGGCGCAGAUCUUGUCUCUUCCCCAAGCCAGUCCUACCGAUACGGACAUAGACAAGGAAGUCAAAUGCCGCGUCUACUGGACGCUUUACAUGGUAGACCGCUGGAACUCUGCCGGUCUUGGUCUAACCAGACAGUUGCCGGAUGCCCUGAAGUAUCCCAUGCCGGUGCAUGAGCUGCAUUUCCACCAACCGGACUUCAGAUAUCGCCCGGAGCUCAGAAACGGGUUAUGGGCGUAUUUCAUCAGCUUGGCCAGUAUCUUCGGCGAGAUACAAGACCUGCACCUCCGCCACGUCGGCGGUGAAGUUGAAGACGCUCAUUUCGAAGAGCAAGCUCAAAAACUGGCUGCGCGCCUGGAACAGUUUGCCGAGGAGCUUCCCAUUGAGUUGCACCUGAAUGUUGACAAUCUCCGCUGGCACGCUGACCAGGGAAUCGGCCGUACCUUUGUGGCCCUGCAUCUCGGCUUCCACCAUUACUCGACGCUCAUCCACUUUCAGUACCUCGAUAUACAGCUUCCCCGCACCCCAAAGCAGAGGCUCUUCGCAAGCCGCUGCAAGCACCAUGCCAAUACGUAUAGCGAUCUCUUGAAACUCUCAACCGAGAUUCCUGGUUGUGACGCUGUCUACAAUAUUGUCGGCCACAUGACGGUGGUUUCAUCCAGCGUGCUUCUCCACAUCCUGUUCUUCGGCGAAGAAGAAGAGCUGCCCAUGACUCGGCAGCGGCUCGAGCAGAAUUUUCAGAUUCUGAUAAAGCUUCGAGGCUACUGGCCUAGCGUGCACGGAAUGAUGGACCGUCUCUUCACUUUCCAAAAGGCCUGCAUGUGGACCGCGGACCCGAACACGCACAAGAUCGACAAGUGGAUGCUGAAGUUCUUACUGCAGCACGCCCUUCCCAUCGAGGACAAGGUUGACCAGUCUGGAACCCCGCUGCCGUCAUCGUCUGCUGUCCUGCCCGCCGUUUCCGAGAUCAUCUCGGAGCGUGGCCAAUACGCCACGAACGCGCUGUCCAUGCUUCGGCAGUGA